AUGCCGCGCAAUUUGUCGGAGGCGGACAGGAAGAAGAAUCAGUUCGAUAAGGAGGAGAGGGUCCAUUUGUUGGCCAUAAUGAAACAGUACGCCCCUUUGCUGGACAAGAGCGCGUCAACGUUGACACGUAAAAAGAUUUGGACGACGAUCGAGGACGAGUUCAAGAAGGCGGGAUUCACCCGAAAGACGUCCGCUCAAUUGAAGAAAUAUUGGCAGAACUACAAGUAUCAUUGCAAGAAGGCGACGGCGUUCAGAAAGGAAAAUAAAAAGUACAUAGAGUCGGAGGUGGCCGAGCCGCUCGAGUGGAAUCGAUACCAGGUUUUCGUAGAGAACCGUUCCCCGGCCAAAUUUUCGGACGUUCCUGGGGUGGUUCGAUCGUUGAACGAUCGCCCAUCGAAAUCCCCUAUUGAAUCAGGCUGCCGUUUCGGUGAAACGUACGAGGACGAUAAAGAAUCAUCUAGGAAAUUGAAUACGUCGGAUGCUUUCAUUGAUCUGUCCCGGGUGAAAAUGGAACGAAACGACGAUGGGACGGCUUCGAUCGAUUGCAAGAUGGAGGAGGCGAAUAAUUUAGAGAGUACAAACGUGGAGGAGGAUUGUUUGGAGGAGAAGAAAGAGAUCUUCGUGAACGAGAGUCGCCUGCUGCCGCCCUCAUCGUCCUCCUCCUCGUCGUCCUCGGCCAACACCACCGAUUGCAAAACCACGUCGAAUCGUAUCGUUGUCUCCAACGCGCAGAUUUCGAACAACAGCGUUACCGUGUCCGUAAUAUAUCCUGAAAACAAUAACGCCUACCUUCCCACGAGCACGGUGGAGGGAACGCUCGAAGUGCAUUCGAAGUGCGGUGGAACAAUGUCCGCGAGAAGGACAGACGCUCUAUGGAACGAGAGAUCUCAGAAAUCCACUUGCACAAAUUCGACAAAAGUGCAUGGUACAAACGCUGCCCACGUGACAGGAUUCGGUUAUCGCGAUGUAAUGGAGCGCAAUGGGGAUCGUGUGCGUUUAAACGAAAACAGCGAGGAAUGCGAUUCGUUCGAGUGUAACGCGAACGAUGAGAAACAGAUCGGGGAAUUCCCGAAGGAGGAUUUCGUUGCGACAGAGAGCGACGAGAACGAGGGGGGCGCGGUUAAAGCAAGAAACUCUGGACCUAGGAACGAUCGUUUCGAAUCCAGGGGCUACGUCUUUCUAACGGAUUAUCGUAAUCGGCUGAAGCAUAGGUUGCUAUUGCAGCAGCUGGAAACAGAGGAGAAACGGUUGAAAAUAAAGAUUGCCGAGAUGGCGAUCCAAGAGGUGCAGCUGAGGAUAAAAGCGUUGAGCGAGGACAUGCGACGGACCGAGGAAUUGCACCGAUUGCACUUGGUGCGCGCAGCGGCCGGGGAUGCAAGCGUACGGGUGGGCGAGUUUCCGAACAAUUCCUGA